CGUGGGCUCCUUUCUUGAACAGCGGUUGAAUAUCGUAGCUAAUUGGAACUCAUUCUCUGUUACACAGGCAAUAUAAUGUCGAAUGUAACAUAGUAACAUCGAUUUUUUAACAUAGGGAUUUGGUACAAUAUAUGCCAUAUUGGACUGUCGUCAAGAACUCUGUUUCCGCUAAUUUAGACAGAAAAAACCCCAAACCGCAACAAACUGUGACAACUUCCUAGAUGCCUUAAAGAAGGAUGAGAAUUUAAGAGCAGGACGUGCCUUAAUAAUGCUCCAUGCUGUGUCUGUAGAUUAUGGUAAUACUAGCGACAAGCAUCUCAUUAAAAGAAAUAAAAUUCCAGUAGUCUUUCAUCCUUUAUCGACCACUUAUAUUCAAACGUGACUUGAAAAAAUUAACCAAACGUCCACGGGUCAGAUGGAAAAACCAGUCCUUAGUUGGUCUUCUUUGAGCGUGAGCCAGUGAUGGCCUUCCACAAAACGUGAAUGAGAUCCGGAUGUAUUCGGGAAACGAAUAUUAUUACUUUUGGUGGGCUUGAAAAUCUCUUAAUUUGACUAGCAGCCGUUAUCAGGAUUUGAAGUCAAAGGUUACACAGCCAUCGUUUUGUAAUGCAAAUUAGAAUGCAGACAAACACUGGAGUAUGUUAUUGAAAUAUCAGAUUUCUAUGUGGUUUGAGUUUGGACCUCGUUCAAGACAUCUACGGCACGUACCUCAAAGUGAAGAUUCAAACACGUACCUAUGCAUAUAAAUUUUUCCAGCAGUUCAUAAGCAAGUCAAGAGUCGUCCAUUUUUUUUUACAGGUGAGUAUGUAGAUAUGUAGUUUUCCUUCGAUCACGUAGACCUGCUUUCAAUCGAACAAUGAAAUAGUUCUGCAUUUUUGUCCUGUUGAGCUGAGCUGAAGCGGAAAAUGGUUUUCGCGAGAGAUAUUGACGCUUUUUAAUACAAGACAAGCAAAAAACUGGAGCAGGCAUUCGUCGAUUGAGUAAAUACUCAGAGGUUUCUUCACAGCUUUGUAGUUUUUAAAACAAAUGAACUGGAACCUCCAAAAAUAAUAGACAUCGAAUAAAAGCCUUAAUCAUCCAUGAGGGUAACAACAUGGCUGUUUGCCCCCUUCGAUUUACCGCACAAUUUGUCCAGUUUCACCUCUUUCUUCUCUGUUCAGUUAUGGAAUGAAAUCAGCUCAGCUGUUCCUUUUUACUAGGUUCCUCAGUCAAUCUUGGCCCUCACACAGAGAGAAUAAUCCUGAAAAAGACGGCAAGGAAUGACUGAUUCAGCCGACUGUGUCUAUUUGACCCCUACAAGCGCGUUAACACGGUUAGCUAUUCAUGAGAGGGAGAGAAAAGAGGCACAAAGAGAAAGGGCUAAAUUACGGAGGUCAGCUUCGAACACUAGUGACCGCCCUUUAUUUGCCGAACCUAGGAAGGUUCAGCCAUCAGGUCAGGACGCCCUUCAGCAAAAAAUCCAGGCCACACUUGGAACUUAUGACACCAUUGCACCUGUUCUUCAACAUCACAAUCAUUUGAUUGGAAUUCCAAGACUUCCACCAACACCUGUUGAAGGGCAGAAGUUUGUUUUUGAUCGCCAUAAAGGCAAAGAUGCAAAAUUGUCUCCCAAGAACCACAAACUCAAUGGAGUCAUAAAUGGCACUGGACACUUGGCCACUAAAUCUCCUCUUGUAAAGUCUAAUAACACGAUUGCUCCCACCAAGAACUCAACUCUAACACUUUCCAAAUCUCCGACUCGUAGUAAUGAAGCUAUCGCCCCUAAAACAGCUGAUACAAGGAAAGUUCCUUCAAAUGUAAAGUCUCCAACUCCUAAGGAAGCAGCUGUAUCGAAACAAAAUAGUUCAAAGAAGACUUUAACACCUGUAAAGGAAGCCACGGCUAUUAAAACAGCUGAAUCAAAAAAGAGUUCAUCUCAGUUAAAAUCACCAACUCACAAAGACAGUACACCAACAAAAUCAGCUGAGAUGAAAAGGACUGAGAUAAAGCCAGUUGUUAAUGGCAACAUUAAAUCUCAGCAAAACUUUGAAAAAGAAAAGGAUAAAUUAGUCAGCAAAGUUAAAGGGAUAAAGGACGAGAAAAGUCUUGCCGAGGACCUGAACAGUGAUCAGCACAAAAGUCACAGCCAAAAGUCGAGUGCAGCCUUAAAGGGAAAACCUCCAAAAAUCAAACUCUCCAUGCCUGAUAGGAAUCUACCUGUGUCUUCAGUCAAGCAAGAAAAUCUUUCCAUGAGUGAUCAGCCAACCAACGUGGAGAAGAUUAUUGAGGAGAUGCAGCAGGUGGCUCCACCGCUCACAGGAAUCCACACACCAAUCAAAGGAGGCAGCUCCAUCUUUGCUUUUCAUCAUAAUAGUAUUCAGGAACAUUCAGUGCUUCCAGCUUUAGCAACAAAGAGAAACACAAGUGAAAGCAUUGAAGGCAAGAAAGAAAGUGGGAAUGAUGUGGUUUUGUUGGAUGAUGAUCUAGUCCUGACUGAUGACAGUGAUGAUGAACAUGAACACCCAGUUACAAGUACGUCACCCUCCAAGGAUGACAAGACUACUCGUCAUCGUUCCCAUUCAACAUCAUCUAGUGGAAGUAGUAGUGAGGACAGCGACUCAGACAGCAGCGAUAGUGAUAGUGAUAGUGAUUCUGACUCAAACAACAAUACUAAAGACAAAGACAAAUCAGGGAAAUCUCCUGUUCAUGAACCAUCAUCCUCUCCAAAGCAUACAAGUGGACGAAACUGGGGUCUAAACCACUUUGCCAAUGCACUCAAUCAAUCAUCACCAUCGCAAACCACAAAGACAAAACCAAGUCCAUCAGCCGCAAACACAGUUGGGGGAGACGGUGUUCGUGGAAACCAAGUUGCUCCUGCUGCAAAUAAGAGCUGUCUUAACUCUCAUGUUGCAAAAAGCCCUGUGGCUCCUGUAUCUGAGGAGAGCUUUUUACCAUUUGCUGAAGGCCUUCCUGACCUCAGCCCAGACCUAAACCGUGGAGUGGACAUUGAGUCAUUAACAGCCAAGCUUGAUCUUCCACUUCCAACAGACUUGAGUGUAGACUCUGCUGAACCUGUAAGUACUGUCCCUGUUGAGAAUAAUGUCACAAAUGUGAAGACACAACAACCUAAGGAUGACAAGAAGGUGAAAAGGAGAUCUUCAAAUGUGGAGUCCAAGCUGAACACAAGUCAGGAGAAAGUUCUCACCAAAAAUUCCCCAAAGAAACCCAUUAAGUCCAAACAAACAGACUCUUUAAAGAAUUCUACCUAUCUCAAAGUUAGCAAUCCUGGUUCUGACGAUGUUGUUAAAAAGGCUACAAAGACAACAAAAACACCAAAUGGAAUGGUCACCAAAAAAUCAUUCAAAAAGAAAUCAGAAACCAAAGGUGUUAGUAAAACUGUUGUUAGCAACGAGCCUGUGAAGGAGACCAGUGAGGUUGAUGAAGAAGAUGUAUUUGUGGAUAUUGUUAGCGUUGAGCCUAGUCCGGGAAUCGACAAUAAAAAGGUGGAAGCUAAACAAACAACGAAAUCAAAAGAGACUGAAAAUCCGAAAGGAGUAAAAAAGAAACCUGUGACAACAAAUGGCCUUAGUAAACAUGUAAACGGAGAUGGACUGUUAUCUAGUUUGAUAUCAACAAAUGGAAAUAGGGAUAUUUUGGGAAAGAAUGUUGAAAUCACAUAUGAUGAAGUCAACAAGCCAGAGUCCCUUAUAGUAAAAAUUGACUUGUCACUCCUCAAAAGGAUACCGCGGCUUCCAAGUAAUGAUCAGCCCAAACAUUCAGUCUCACCGCCCAAGGUUGAAACCAAUGGCAGCAGAGAUGGCAUAAGUUCCCCAGAAGUGAAGAUUCGUAAGCGGAAAUUAUCAGAAGCAAAGUCAAUAGAACAGGACGUUUCCAAGAAAGUAAAAAAUAAAAGUGAUGUGGAUUCUAAUAGAACAAAGCCUCACGAGCAAUCACUGACUUCAAGCAGUAACAACUCUCACCCUUCAAAGGAUGGCAUGCGGAAGCGAAGUCCAAGCCAGGAAAAGGAUACUCAUCGUAUUAAGCGUCAGAGACAAGACAAUGAAAACAGCAUAGAUCACAAUUCUUUAUCCAGUUUUCAGAAUGGCUCUGUCAAUGAAAAUGGAAUGGAUGAAGUGGGUAAUGGUGUAAUUCCUCACACAUGCUUGUGCAACAAAACCAGUGAUGCUGAGAAGAAGAGAGAAACAGACAUUGCAAGAUUUUAUGAUGCAGAACCCAAAGUACCCUACGGGCCAGACCACUACCUUGGGGAAGCCAAGAGACUCAAACACAAAGCUGAUUCCUCUACUGACAAGGAUGCUAAAGCCUACUUGUAUGUUGAAGCUGUGUUAAACUUUGCAAGAUGCGGAAAAGCUAUUGAGCAAAAUGAAGAGUCAGAAUCACGUUCAGCAUUUCAAAUGUACUCUGAGACGCUGGAUCUUCUCAGAUACACAAUGCGUAACUUUGUCAACCGAUACACUCACAGAUCAGACAGGGUUCCUGAUAAAAGACUUUCUGUUUUAUGCAUGAGAAUUCAAUCCCUUUUGUACAUGAGGCUCUACAAAUUAAGAAAGGAUGGUGUUAUGAAAAAUGUGAAGAUGGUCACUGAACAUUUUAGGGGUCCUCCGAAAAGCACUCAAGCUCCCUCACCUUAUACAUCAAACACAAAGACAACUGGCACCCCAUCACCCAUGUCACCCACACCAUCUCCAUCUGGAAGUGUUGGCAGUGUAGGAAGCAGUGGCAGCAACGAAACAAUGACCACACCUUCUCGAAAUGGUAAACCCUCCACUGGGUCUAAUGCAAUGACAUCGCCUGUCAACGUGUGCAUGCCACAGAAGAUUCACUCCUUGACACAGCAGCAAAUUCUUGUGGUUAACAACUUGGUUUACAGUCAAGAUUUGUGGGACCAAGCUCAACCUCUUGUGCUUGAAUUUAGAGAUUUCUUUAUGGAUCUGGAUCGCAACUGUGGACCUCUUACUCUUCACAGUUCUAUUGUCCAUUUGUGUGGGUACAUUCAAGAGGGACUGAGGAGACUUCAGGAAUCACUGCAAUCAGAGAAGGCUUCUAAUUGCAAAGCUGUGGGUGAUUGAGUGAAGAGAUCCAUUGUAAAUUAUCUUUAAAACCACAGAACGGCAUGGAAUUUUGGACAUACAGUGUACUCACUCAUGCAAUGAACCGAGGUACAGCUCCAUCUCAAUAAACAUAGGGUAGAUAUUUGAAGGCGUAGCUAAUUUACUAAUAAUGAGGUAUAUUAAGAAAUCAAAUGCUUGGGCAAGCUCUACACAAUCUGUUGAUGUUUUGUCUGCAAGAGAAAUUAUUGAUAAACAUUAUAGCACCCAGUGGGAAGUAUGGUAAUAGUGCUGCACUAUAUUAAGAAUAUUUGGCAUCAGUUGUUUCUCAGAGAAGUGAAUAAAGUAAGAGUAUUAUUCCUUGUAAUUUGGUAUAUUUUGUAGAAUACAUGCAAUAUUUUUUCAUAUGGAAUUGAUAAAUACAAAUGAACAAGAAAACAAGCAAACAGAGUAUAUUGUUAUCUCAGUAAGCAGGUCAGUCAGAAGAAAACCUCCUGUUCUUCAGUAAACAUGUGAUGUUUUUGUGAGGAUCUUGGUGGUGUAGAAUCAACCCAUUCUAGUUGGAAAGGCAGGAAUCUUUAGACUUCUUGUCAAAAUUAUAAAAAGUAUGAAAUGUGAAUGGUGAAAUUGUAAACUUUGCUACAGCAAAGUUGAAGAUUAUGGGACAAAGCAACAUUCUGAUUGGAAGCUUUACCACAGCCACACAUUUAUGAGUUUCCCUUCUGUCAAAUGUGGAAAGAGAUUUUGAAUGAUGAUGGGUUAUUAACCCUUUAACUCCCAUAAGUGACCAAGACAGAAUUUCUCCUUACAAUAUCACUGCAAUAUCAAGCAGACAUGUGUUGAGAAUUAAAAAAAAAAAACACUGAGGGGAUUAGUAGAUGAUCCAAUACCAAAUUCUCCAAACUAACAUCACAAGAACUACAUGUAUAUGGCAGAUAGCAAGGAAAAUUACUAAUGAGCUAGUGGGAGUUAAAGGGUUUGCUUUCUAUGCUUUACCAAGAUCUUUGCAAUAUCUCCAAAGAGUUUUUCGUAAAACAUAUUUUGUGCAGCAGAAUUUAUGUGGAGUCUAAAAAACUUAGUUUCCUCAGUUGUCAAAGAUGAGACAACUGGUUUUUAUUCACUUUGGUCAGAGCAAGGCUGCAUCUUAAACAUCCUCUCAUUUUUGGGUUUUUCACCCUCUUCUGUCUGAAGGUGUGCUUUAAUUAAAGCCCCCUCUUCCGACAAACAUAAUCAAUUUUCAUGAAAAGAAAUUAGCCCUAUGAAGUCACCUGUCACCUUUUUUUUUUUCAUUCUUUCACCUACCUUGGCCAACCUUCAUUAGUGAGCAUUUAGCUUUCCUGCUUGAAGAAUAGGGCCAUUAGACUAAAAACAAAAACAAAAAAAAAAACCACGCACACACACACUACUUUUGCGUUGCACAAUUGAAGCUUUUAAAGCUUGUUUUAAAUGUUAGUUUUCUAGGAUACUAAGGAGGCAAAGGUUUUGAUUUGCAAACUGUGAACAGUUUGCUUUAAAAUAAAAUGUAGUUGAUGUUGUCGUAAAAUGUUUCACCAAUAACUGGAAUGACCAUCAUAUUCUCUGAAUCCCUUUACAAAAAAAGUUGUUUAUGAAUUCUCAGUUCAGACCUCCUCUUUUUGUUGUUGUUUUUUCCUUGUUUACACGUUAACAGAAAAUUUAUAGGGAUUAAUGUUUAAGCUGCAGCUGGCUCAAUGAAUUUCUUAGCAGAUGUUCUUUUGACGUGUCCUUUAAAUCUUGACCAUUUAAAAGGUCGUCUGUUAAGGAGGCGUCUCUUAUUUUGCCCACGAAGGUUAGUUUUGUAAGCUCCCUCCUGAUUGGGUCUCUCUGUUGCCCGUGUUUGGAAAUGUAUGUCACAUGAUCAUAAGCUAUGAUGUGAAGAUUAAUUGUAGAGCAGAUCGCAAUCAAGGUUAUAACUGCACUAUUUUGAAACUGCUAAUAUUCGACUCUAAUUCAUCACAGAUUAUAUCAUUUGUAGUAGGAGUAUUAUUGAAUCGUGUACAGGUCUUUAUUUUAGUAUACCACUAAACAAAUUUAGGAAAGAAAUUGGAACGAGGAUUCAUAGAAGAUUUUUUGAUUUCAAAAUAUUUUUCCGGGAUGUUUUCCAUUUAUUUUGGGGAUUACGUUUCUUUGAAUAGGAUAUUUAAAUCUUGGGAAGGUAUUUAACCGUUAAAAGUUCUUAUAAAGAUUCACACUUUAAAAUUACAAAAUUUUGUACGUUAUUGAUGCCAACUCUGGUAGGGGGCUUAUUUUAUGAGUUGGGAGGGGAGGGUUGGUAAGUGAUGGUGCUUAGUAGGGGCUUCGCAUUAUGGAUAUUAUCUUCACAGCUUUUCUUGAUAUAAGUAGAGAUCAUAAAGUCAUUGGAUAAACAAACAAUAGAGUAUUUCUGGUAUUUUUCGGAAGUGAAACUUUUUUACGACGGUAAUUUUUACUCGUAUUGUUUUUCUCGCGUUUUUAGGGGCUCUUUGUUUGUUGUUUGCGGUAAUUUCAUAUUAAGAUCAUUUUCGUACCGUUUAAGUAUUUAGUAAUGUUUGUUUGUUAAGGCACUAGUUAGGCAUUUUGAGCCCAUUUUGUAGUCUUUAACCUUAAGAAUUAUUCAUGCAAAGCUGUGAAGAAUCGUCCUUUUCAGUACUUUUUUUUUUUCUAAAAAUGGGAGUAAGUUAUUAUAGGUUAAGUGUUUGGAUCACACUGACAAACAAUAUUUCAUUUUCGUGUCGACUCUUGACACAAUUUAUUGGUCAGCUAAAAGGAGUGGACCCGCUUUGUACAGCAUAAAUUUUAAGGUCUCAUCAAACGAGCUUCUCUAUAUCGAAAAGUUUUUUCGAGAGUGGAAAAUUCAUGCAAUUGGAGAAUUGAAUUGACGUGCCGUUAAUUGUGGAAAAUAGUUUAAAUCUUGUUAUCAAGAGGAGUCCUCUUGAUACUGUCUCAAAGAAAGCUUUAUGUGUUUGGUUGAAAACAAAACGAAGUAUUGUUUGUGUUCUAGUUUUGUUUUCUUCAAAUGUGAAGUUGUUCCACAGUUAACUGUAUGUCUGUAGAUUCUCUUGAACAGUAGAUAAUCUUUGUAAGUUGUACUUUCAUCCUUCUGUCUGUCUGUGAACUGAGGUAAUAAAAUUAUGGCAUACUGUGUUUAA